AUGUCAUUAACAGCAAACGACGAAUCGCCAAAACCCAAAAAAAAUGCAUUAUUGAAAAACUUAGAGAUCGAUGAUCUGAUACAUUCUCAAUUUGUCAGAAGCGAUACAAAUGGACAUAGAACUACAAGACGACUAUUCAACUCCGAUGCCAGUAUAUCACAUCGAAUAAGAGGAAGUGUUCGGUCUGAUAAAGGCCUUAAUAAAAUAAAAAAAGGGUUGAUUUCCCAGCAGUCCAAACUUGCGUCAGAAAAUUCUUCUCAAAAUAUCGUUAAUAGGGACAAUAAGAUGGGAGCAGUAAGUUUCCCCAUUAUUGAACCUAAUAUUGAAGUCAGCGAGGAGUUGAAGGUUAGAAUUAAGUAUGAUUCUAUCAAAUUUUUCAAUUUUGAAAGACUAAUAUCUAAAUCUUCAGUCAUAGCACCUUUAGUUAACAAAAAUAUAACAUCAUCCGGUCCUCUAAUCGGGUUUCAAAGAAGAGUUAACAGGUUAAAGCAAACAUGGGAUCUAGCAACCGAAAACAUGGAGUACCCAUAUUCUUCUGAUAAUACGCCAUUCAGGGAUAACGAUUCUUGGCAAUGGUACGUACCAUACGGCGGAACAAUAAAAAAAAUGAAAGAUUUCAGUACAAAAAGAACUUUACCCACCUGGGAAGAUAAAAUAAAGUUUCUUACAUUUUUAGAAAACUCUAAGUCUGCAACGUACAUUAAUGGUAACGUAUCACUUUGCAAUCAUAAUGAAACCGAUCAAGAAAACGAAGAUAGGAAAAAAAGGAAAGGGAAAGUACCAAGAAUCAAAAAUAAAGUGUGGUUUUCCCAGAUAGAAUACAUUGUUCUUCGAAAUUAUGAAAUUAAACCUUGGUAUACAUCUCCUUUUCCGGAACACAUCAACCAAAAUAAAAUGGUUUUUAUAUGUGAGUUCUGCCUAAAAUAUAUGACUUCUCGAUAUACUUUUUAUAGACACCAACUAAAGUGUCUAACUUUUAAGCCCCCCGGAAAUGAAAUUUAUCGCGACGGUAAGCUGUCUGUUUGGGAAAUUGAUGGGCGGGAGAAUGUCUUGUAUUGUCAAAAUCUUUGCCUGUUGGCAAAAUGUUUUAUCAAUUCUAAGACUUUGUAUUACGAUGUUGAACCGUUUAUAUUCUAUAUUCUAACGGAGAGAGAGGAUACAGAGAACCAUCCCUAUCAAAACGCAGCCAAAUUCCAUUUCGUAGGCUAUUUCUCCAAGGAAAAAUUCAACUCCAAUGACUAUAACCUAAGUUGUAUUUUAACUCUACCCAUAUACCAGAGGAAAGGAUAUGGUCAGUUUUUGAUGGAAUUUUCAUAUUUAUUAUCCAGAAAGGAGUCAAAAUUUGGAACUCCUGAAAAACCAUUGUCGGAUUUAGGAUUAUUGACUUACAGAACGUUUUGGAAGAUAAAAUGUGCUGAAGUGCUAUUAAAAUUAAGAGACAGUGCUAGACGUCGAUCAAAUAAUAAAAAUGAAGAUACUUUUCAGCAGGUUAGCCUAAACGAUAUCGCUAAACUAACAGGAAUGAUACCAACAGACGUUGUGUUUGGAUUGGAACAACUUCAAGUUUUGUAUCGCCAUAAAACACGCUCAUUAUCCAGUUUGGAUGAUUUCAACUAUAUUAUUAAAAUCGAUUCUUGGAACAGGAUUGAAAAUAUUUACAAAACUUGGAGCUCAAAAAACUAUCCUCGCGUCAAAUAUGACAAACUAUUGUGGGAACCUAUUAUAUUAGGGCCGUCAUUUGGUAUAAAUGGGAUGAUGAACUUAGAACCCACCGCAUUAGCGGACGAAGCUCUUACAAAUGAAACUAUGGCUCCGGUAAUUUCGAAUAACACACAUAUAGAAAACUAUAACAACAGUAGAGCACAUAAUAAACGCAGAAGAAGAAGAAGAAGAAGUAGUGAGCACAAAACAUCCAAGCUUCAUGUAAACAAUAUCAUAGAACCGGAAGUACCUGCUACUGAUUUUUUUGAAGACACUGUUUCCUCCUUAACAGAGUAUAUGUGUGAUUAUAAGAACACAAAUAAUGAUAGAUUAAUCUAUCAAGCGGAAAAAAGAGUGCUGGAAAGCAUCCAUGAUCGCAAAGGGAUACCAAGAUCAAAAUUUAGUACAGAAACUCAUUGGGAGCUCUGCUUCACUAUUAAAAACUCCGAAACACCACUUGGAAAUCAUGCAGCUAGGAGAAACGAUACUGGAAUAUCAAGUUUAGAGCAGGAUGAAGUAGAAAACGAUGUAGAUACUGAAUUAUAUGUAGGUGAAAACGCCAAAGAAGAUGAAGACGAAGACGAAGACUUUACCCUUGAUGAUGACAUUGAGGAUGAGCAAAUAUCAGAAGAAAAUGAUGAGGAGGAAGACACAUAUGAAGAAGACAGUGAUGAUGAUGAGGAUGGGAAGAGAAAAGGACAAGAGCAGGAUGAAAACGAUAUAGAAAGCCACAUAAGGAAGGAGAGAGUCAGAAAAAGAAGAAAAAUAACUCUAAUAGAGGAUGACGAAGAAUAA